GUCUAAACUUUCACUUUCACAGCGCGGCGGCGGCGGCGGCGGCGGCGGCGGCGGGCGAGGGUGACCGGCCGAGCGGCGGCGGCAUGGAGUAGACGCGCGGCGGCGGCUGCGGCGGCGGACGCGAGAGGCAGCGGCGAGCGCGGCGGCGGCGGCGGCCCCGGAUCCGGCGGGGCCGAGCCUGCGAGCGGCGAGGCGGAGCGGCGCCGGGCCGAGCGCGGGGCCGCGGGCCGGGCGGGCGCAGCGCGGCGGAGGCCGGAGGAACCGAGCCAGAGCCGGAGCCCGAGCGCGGCCGCCGCCUGCCGGGCCUCCCCUCGCCGCGGCCGGCCGCCGCGCUCCCGCCCGGGCGCCCAGCUAUGUACUCCCCGUACUGCCUCACCCAGGAUGAGUUCCACCCGUUCAUCGAGGCGCUGCUGCCUCACGUCCGCGCCUUCUCCUACACCUGGUUCAACCUGCAGGCGCGGAAGCGCAAGUACUUCAAGAAGCACGAGAAGCGGAUGUCGAAGGACGAGGAGCGGGCGGUGAAGGACGAGCUGCUGGGCGAGAAGCCCGAGAUCAAGCAGAAGUGGGCAUCCCGGCUGCUGGCCAAGCUGCGCAAAGACAUCCGGCCCGAGUUCCGAGAGGACUUUGUGCUGACCAUCACGGGCAAGAAGCCCCCCUGCUGUGUGCUCUCCAACCCCGACCAGAAGGGCAAGAUCCGGCGGAUUGACUGCCUUCGCCAGGCCGACAAGGUGUGGCGGCUGGACCUGGUCAUGGUGAUUUUGUUUAAGGGGAUCCCCCUGGAAAGUACUGACGGGGAGCGGCUCUACAAGUCGCCCCAGUGCUCGAACCCCGGCCUGUGCGUGCAGCCACAUCACAUUGGAGUCACAAUCAAAGAACUGGAUCUUUAUCUGGCUUACUUUGUCCACACUCCGGAAUCCGGACAAUCAGAUAGUUCAAACCAGCAAGGAGAUGCGGACAUCAAACCACUGCCCAACGGGCACUUAAGUUUCCAGGACUGUUUUGUGACUUCCGGGGUCUGGAAUGUGACGGAGCUGGUGAGAGUAUCACAGACUCCUGUUGCGACAGCAUCAGGGCCCAACUUCUCGCUGGCAGACCUGGAGAGUCCCAGCUACUACAAUAUAAACCAGGUGACCCUGGGGCGGCGGUCCAUCACCUCCCCUCCUUCCACCAGCACCACCAAGCGCCCCAAGUCCAUCGAUGACAGCGAGAUGGAGAGCCCUGUCGAUGACGUCUUCUAUCCUGGCACAGGCCGCUCCCCAGCAGCUGGCAGCAGCCAGUCCAGCGGGUGGCCCAACGAUGUGGAUGCAGGCCCGGCUUCUCUAAAGAAGUCAGGAAAGCUGGACUUCUGCAGUGCCCUCUCCUCUCAGGGCAGCUCCCCGCGCAUGGCUUUCACUCACCACCCGCUGCCUGUGCUUGCUGGAGUCAGACCAGGGAGCCCACGGGCCACAGCAUCAGCGCUGCACUUCCCCUCCACAUCCAUCAUCCAGCAGUCGAGCCCAUACUUCACGCACCCGACCAUCCGCUACCACCACCACCAUGGGCAGGACUCGCUGAAGGAGUUUGUGCAGUUUGUGUGCUCGGAUGGCUCGGGCCAGGCCACCGGACAGCCCAACGGUAGCGGCCAGGGCAAAGUCCCGGGGUCAUUUUUGCUACCACCGCCGCCUCCAGUGGCCAGACCUGUGCCCCUUCCUAUGCCUGAUUCCAAAUCCACCAGCACUGCCCCAGACGGCGCCGCCUUGACUCCUCCAUCACCUUCAUUCGCAACGACAGGCGCCUCCUCUGCCAACCGGUUUGUCAGCAUCGGACCCCGGGACGGCAACUUUCUGAACAUCCCACAGCAGUCUCAGUCCUGGUUCCUCUGAUAAGAUCGACAAAAGAAAUGGCAAAAUGAAAAGAAGAGGUUCCUCAAAAGGGGGGAGAAGAAAUUUUGAGACGUGGAAAAAAAUCCCCCAGCCCAGCCCAGCCCCACCGAAAAGCAAAAAUUAGACGUCGUCAGCCACUCAGCCCUUCUCUCCUCCAGCCCGGGGACCCCUGCAGGCCCCCAGAAGCAGCUCAGUUCUCGGAGAGCCUCAGAAGAGGUCUCGGUGGAGCUGUGCACCAGCAGCCAAGCAGAAAGAAACAUGCAAAACGGACUCUGUCAAGUAGAGGACAGAAAGAAAGGAUGCAGAACUGCCUUCCUCCCCCCCACAUCCCGUCCCGGCCUUCUGGGGAAGGAGCAAAAUCCCCAAACAAAGCAACCAGCACAAUUCUGAAGGGGCCUGUCCCCCACCCUCACCCUUCCUAGGGGAACCCCACCCUCGACUAGGGCCGGAGCUUCACUAGGGAGCUCAGAGGACCAGCUUGUAAAGAUGAUGGGGUGCAGAUCCAGAGGGCUCUCCCCUCCAGACUCCACCCCCUCCCUCCCUCACUGCCUUUGCCUCUGGCUUCUUCCCCCAGCUGCUCUGGACCGGGUGAGGCAGGGUAGCCUCGCGAUGUCCCUCUGCCCCACCCUCGGGCUAGAAGCCCCCCAACCCCGGCUGGGCAGGGGGCAUCUCCCGGAGCUAGUUUUGUGCUCCCAGAAUGGAGGUUGUUCUACCACCCGACCCUGAGCUGCAGGGGCAGUUCCCCGGGCCCCAAACCCCUCUGUACAGUCCAUAGGAAAAGGUCGGAAUGCUCUAGACAGCCCAUCCCAGCCUGGGACAGGUCCCCUCUUCCCUCUCUCCCAAGGCAGGCCAGGAAGGUCACCGUCCUGACGUGCUACAAGUGAGGGGAAGUGGGCCCCAGGUUGCCCCCACACCCCAGCCCCGCAUGCAGGUGCCCUCGCUCCGCCCCAUCGGUCCCUGCCCCUGCCCCUACGCAGACAGCCCUGCUGUGGCCGGGCCGGAGAGUGGAGCAGAAAGGGGACCCCGGAGUCGAGCGAGGAGGACGAGGCAGCCGCCGCUGCCGUUGGCUAAACCGCCACCCGCGCUAGGUAGGCGUCCUGCUUGCCGACUUUCAGUUCCUUUGGAGGGUGUUGGGUGUCGUCCUUUUUCAGAAGUGUUUUGGAGCUUUCUCUGCCUCCCCUUUCCCCCACGCCACCCCCACGGCCACUUCUCUCUGGAUUUCAGCUGUAAUGUCUUUACUCUUUAUUUAGGGGUGGGGCAUUCAUUGUUUCGGUCUUUUUGCUGUUGCAAUUGGGAACUCCUCCAUUUGAGCAACUUGGGAACAAUUUGGUAACACACCACAAGAAGUAGCUCUCCCCCACCACCACCACCACCACAGCCCCCUCCUCCCCCAAGGGAUGGUUGGGGGCCUGUCCAGAGGGUCUUCAGAAGCCCCCCUGGGAGGGAGGGGAGCAAGAGCACGCCCAGCCCGCCUCCAGGGUGUGACUUGGCCCCUCUGGCUUGUCUUUCUGUGCCUUACUCCCUCCUCCCUGCAUCUUGGCCCCCUUCUGGAGUCCUUGUGCCUCUCUCUCUCUCUUUCUCUCUCCUUCUUAACUGUAUGAAAACACAAAGCACAGGUCAGGAUCCUCUGAAAGUCAAUCAACCCAACGUUGCACCACAUAGGGGUGGGUUAUGGGCUUAAUUUAUUGUGAAUCUAGUUUGUGAGGCUGUGGCCCCAAGCAAAGGGAGGGAAGGAGGGGAGGGAGGUGGCUGGAGAGGAGAGGAGAGCUCUUACCUGGGGCAAAAGGGGCCAGCUUGAGUGGUGCCUCCUCCCCAGCUGGAAGCCACAAGGUGGCUGGCCCCAGGGGUGGCUUUUGUUGGAAGUUGAGCGAAGCCCCUCCCCCAUCCGCGUGCAGCCCUCGAGGAGGACCGGGUCUGAGAAGCAGGGGGUAGGGGAAUCCGCGGGAGCCUGGGGGUCGUGGGGAGUAGGGCGGGGGGUGGGGGGCCGGGUGGGCCGGGCAUGACGCGCGGUCAAAGUGCAAUGAUUUUUCAGUUUGGUUGGCUAAACAGGGUCAGAGCUGAGAGGGGAGCAGAAGGGACCCCUGCCCCCCUGCCCGGCCGCACACGCCCCUUCCCUCGAAGACAAUCGGGGCCGCGGGCGCGGUGGGUCCUCGGGGGCGGGGGUCUGCGGGGCGCCCGCCCAGGCGAGGUCGGAAGCUGCAGGCCAGCUGGGCCGGGGCGGGAGCGCGCCCUGCAGGGCUGCCGGGGUGGGCACGGGGGUUGGGGGCCGCUCCUUUCCUAAGUGUUGUUGUGAGGGGCAGGCGAGGGGCGACGAGGGCGACAGGAGAUGUGGGGACGUGUUAGAAGAGAAAAAACCCACAAAAAAUAUAUAUGGGGGAAAUGAACUUUUUUUUUUUUCAUUGAACCAAGUGCAAUGCAUCAGAGAGUUUUCCUAUCUUUGUAUGUUAAGAGAUUAAGAAAAAAAAUUCUAUUUUUGUUGUAAUGUCCUCGCGGCUCUGGGGACGCUAAAAGAACCGGGCCUGCCCCGCCUUGUGCGGGGGUAACGAAAGCUGAGUGUUUUUUCCUUUUUUUUUUUUUUUUUUUUUUUUUUUUUUUUCUUUUUUUAAGUCGUUUUCCUGCGUUGACGAGGAUGAUCUGGGGUUUUUAUUUGUUUCGUCGUUCGUUCUCGGUUUCGGUGGGAGGGCUGAAGGAAACGUUCACAUUUUAGAAUUGAAAAAUAAAAAAAUCAACACCUCGACAUUAAAAAACCAACACAAGAUCAAAAAGGAAAAGGACGAGAGAAAAUUAUUUUAAAGAUAAUUCAACAUAAAAACCCUGGUGCUUCUUACAUUAUAAA